AUGAUGAAGCCAAGUACAACAAGUUCUUCAUAUCACCAUUCAACAUACGAUUAUCAUCAUCAUCACAAUUUUCCGUCAACGUCAGCAAAUCUUUAUCCAGCAUAUUACCCUAAUCAUUACAUAUCUCAAUCGAAUAUUUCAACCAAAAUAGAGAAUGAUGAUUCAUCGAAUUCAGAUUUACCGCCGACAGCUGCCAACACUUCGCUCAUUCAAAAUCCAAUCAUUCUCAAACUACCAAAUAGCAAUAACAUCGAACAAACACUGACAUUGACCAUUGAUCAUUUAGCAUGUGUUUGCGAAGCGAUUCAACAAAGUGGUAAAAUUGACAAAUUAAUCAAACUCCUUCAAUUAUUACCAGUGAAAUCAUCAUCACCUGACGCGGCCUUGAUACAUCAACAUGAUAGUAUUUUAAAAGCACGCGCAAUCAUCUACUACCACCAAUCAAAAUUUCGUGAACUGUAUUGCUUAUUGGAAGCACAUUCAUUCGAUAAUCAUCACCAUCCCGAACUGCAACAACUAUGGUACAAAGCACACUACAUGGAAGCACAGAAGAUCCGUGGACGAGCAUUGGGAGCUGUGGACAAAUAUCGUAUACGAAGAAAAUAUCCAUUGCCAAAAUCGAUCUGGGAUGGUGAAGAAACCAUCUACUGUUUCAAAGAGAAGUCUCGUCAAGCAUUAAAAGAAUGUUAUCGACAGAAUCGUUAUCCCACGCCAGAUGAGAAACGCUUACUAGCAAAGAAAACAGGCUUAACAUUAACACAAGUCAGUAAUUGGUUUAAAAAUCGACGACAACGAGAUCGUACACCACGAACACAAGAUCUUCAGACAUCGUUACUCAACCAAGCGGCCUAUUUUGCUGCCGGAUCAGUCUAUCCCCAUGGAUUGUUUGGUGCACCGUCAUCAUCAUCAUCAACAAAUCAACCUAUACCAUCAGCCAAUUCUUCAUACAUUCAUCACUAA